UUGCCAUUUUUGACUUAAGAAUUUUCCAGUUUUUUUUCAUCUUCUUUGACUUUAAAAACUUCUUCAUUCUGCAUUCUUUAACGCUCUUUUCAAAUCAUCACUGUCUCUUUAUUCUUUCCCGGGCAUUGGCUCUUGAAUGAUACAACAAGAAAGGAGAGAGAGAGAGAGAGAGAGAGAGAGAGAGAGAGAGAGAGAGAGAGGUUAUGGCUAUUGACGUUUGUUGUUCAGAGGCUUCUGGUUCUGGAAUCAGCCCAAGAAACUCUUUCUCAUAUGAUCUUGACUCAACGGAGGAUGAAGUCAGGUUAGACUCAACACUUCUUGAUUCAGGUUCGGAGUUCGAUUUCUGUUUUGGCUCGAGUUGCUCUGUUCAAGAAGUGUCCCCGGCUGAUGAACUCUUCUCCGAUGGCAAGAUUCUUCCCGUAGAGAUCAAGAAAGUAACCUUUCGGGUUCAAAGAUCAGCUUCUCUCUCAUCAUCAACAUCUUCUUCCUCUUCUUCUUCUUCCCCAUCGUUCUGCAACCAGAGAUCAGCACCAGAAAAGAAGAUCAUGAGACUCAAAGAGCUUUUGUUGAAUCCUGAAUCAGAUUUCGAAGAUAAGCCAAAGGGAUUGUUCUUGCAGUUAAAGAGGAGCAUAAGUCUCAACUAUGACAAGAGCCGAAACAGCAAAGGGCUAAUCAGAUCGCUUCAUUUCCUCUCACGUAGCAACUCCACAGGCUCUGCUCCAAACCCUAAACCUAACUUGCCUCCCAAGGAAACUCAUCACCCUCACAAGAACCACAAUCUUCCCAAACACACGUCUCUUUUAAGAAGAUCAUCUUCGCUCUCAGCUUCAGUCCCUUAUAAACCACUCGCUAGAAACAGUUUUGGAAACGGCAACGGUGGAAUUCGAGUCAGUCCGGUCCUAAACUUCCCACCGCCGGCGUUUAUCUCAAAUGUCGCCGGAGGAUUCUUCAGCAUUGGAUCACUCUGUAAUGGUAAGACAAACAGGAAGACAUGAUUAUGAAAAUAUCUUUUGUCUUUUGUGGCCGGAGAGGAAGAAAAAAAAAAUUAAACCGAAAAUGUAUUUUUUUUUUUACUGUUUGUUGUAUGUAUA